GGGAAAGAGGGGUCUGACCGAGCAAGACACAGAAAGUGGAAAUUAUUUGUUAUGGCCACAGUCCAGUGGGAUAGCAUCGGCGGCAAGUUCAACGACGCAACGCAGCUGCCCUCAUGGAAAGCCCAGUUAUCCUCUGUGCAGAAGCACAUUGGCAAGAGCAUCUCCGGGGCCACCGUCCUUGAGCUGGCCUGCGGAACGGGCUUCUACACCCGCAAGGCGAUCGAAUGGGGCGCACGACAAGCCAUCGGGGUCGAUAUCUCCUCCGCGAUGAUCAACAACGCCCGGAUCCUUUCCAAGGGCGAGGAGGGAGCCGAGUUCUACGUGGCAGACUGCAGCAAGCCGUUCCGCAUGGGCGAGUUCGAUCUGGUCAUGGCGUUCUGGCUGCUGAACUAUGCGGAUACCGAGGCCAAGCUGCUCGCCAUGUGGCAGAACCUGCACGACAACAUGAAGCCAAAUGGGGGCCGGUGUAUUGGCAUCGUGCCCAACUGGGAUCUCCUGCCGGGCAUCCCCACCGCAGGCGAGGCCAUGUUCGGUAUUGUGGUGAAACCGCUCUCCAUCAUCGCGGAUGGCAUCGCUCAGUUCCACACCACACUGCAGACUGCCACCCCGUUCUCGUUCAUCAGCAAUGCACAUACGCGCGAGCAGCUGGAGCGGACUGCGCGCAAGGCAGGCCUGCUGGAUCUCCGCUGGCUGACGCCUGUUGAUCCGCAGGUGCCGGAUGUGCUGGACUUUGUGGCCUUUAGCAAGGCCCCGACCUUUCAGCUCUUUACCGCGAGCAGGAGUAAAUAGUUUUAUCCUUAUGUUCAAUUGACUAUCCUGGUAUAUUGAAGACCCUAUGCGGUCACUUGAAUACUAGCUUGUGUAUAACUUUUCUGCAGUAUAAAUUACUGGGAAUUACAGAG